UUUUGUGCGCAGAUCGACAACAAGUUUUGCCCUGCGAACAACUAGUCGCCAAAAAUCGUUCCCCGAGGAAAGCCGUGUGUGUGAUUCUUCGAGCCGCAAGGUCACGGUUGUUCGCCUUAACUAAGUGAAGCAGUCAGGAAUUGGGUCCACUUAGAGACUGUUUCUUCAGUGAUAUAAGAGUAAGUUUGCAGAUAUGGCUUUUCGCGUGCUAUCGUUUUCCAACAGCUUGAAGCACUCGGUGCAGAUCAGCGAACUACUGGCACGAUCCUUCUGCAGCGGUCCGAAGAAUGUCGGCUUCAUCGGACUGGGCAACAUGGGCACACCUAUGGCCAGUAACCUGAUGGCAAAGGGUCACAAGCUGCACGUCUUUGACAUCUCGGCGGACGCGAAAGAUGGCCUGAAGGCCAAAGGUGCCACCACCUACGACAAUGUUUCGGAUUUGGCCAAAGCGUCGGACUUCGUUGUGACCAUGCUGCCCAACAACGACAUCGUGGCCGAUACCUACGACACUAUCCUGUCCGGCGGAAUCAACACCAGCACGAUGUUCAUCGAUUCCAGUACCAUCGAUCCGAACGUGGCGAAGGCGGUGCAGAAGAAAAUCAAAGCAGCCGGUGCAAGUUUUGUCGAUGCUCCGGUGUCCGGUGGUGUGCCCGGAGCCAAGAACGCCACCCUAACCUUUAUGGUUGGAGGUACACAGGAAGAGUAUGAACGCGUGAAGGCGCUGCUCGAAGGUAUGGGCAAAAAGAUUACCCAUUGCGGCAGCUACGGAAUGGGCCAAGCGGCCAAGGUGUGCAACAAUAUGAUGCUCGGUAUUUCCAUGUGUGGUUUGGCAGAAUGCAUGAAUCUGGCUAUCAGACUCGGAUUAGACGCCAAAGUAUUCGCUGACAUUAUCAACGCCUCCACCGGUCGUUGCUGGGCGUCUGAAGUCAAUAACCCCGUGCCCGGACUGAUCCCAACGGCACCAGCGGCGAAUCAGUACGCCGGAGGCUUUGCAACUGGUUUGAUCACCAAAGAUCUGGGAAUUGCAUCCGCAGUAGCAACGACAUCCAACACUCCGAUUCCUUUGGGAGCCCUUACGCAUCAGAUCUACCGCACGUUGAUGGCUAAAGGACUUGCCAAUAAGGACUUUUCCGUGGUUUAUGACUUCAUCAAAAACAACGACAAAGCUUGAUUCGAUCACGACAUUGCGUAAGGGUUUCUUCAAAGCUGUACGUCUUCCAGAAAUUGCAUUUAACGUCGGUAUCCUUGUUUGAAAGGAUAUGUGUAACAUUUUAUUCAUCCAAUAGAUUCUAAUAAACAGCAAAACAAGUUUGCCAAAUCUUCUAAAA